AUGGCCACCCUUCAGGAACUGGAUGUGUUCACCUGCGCUUUGUCAGACUCCGCCUUCCGCCAGCAGUUGGCAAGUUUCUCCUCACAUAACUAAUCAGUCGUUAGAUUUCAUACCUGGCAUCCUUCGGCGGGGAGACAGUUAGUGUCUUCGCUGACCGAAUCUUCAGCGCACUGUUUGCCGAUGCGAUUACAAAUCAGUUAACCUUUUACGGCCGGCCUCAGGGGAAACGCGCCUUCUUUGGCUCGACGGCCUACGCCUUAGUUAUCGGUAUGACAUGCAUCAUUUUGUUCAUAUGUUCUAUGACAACACAGACGUCUUCACGAUGUGGAAUGUCGAUCGGGGGUCUGAUCGGCAACAACUGGAGAAGGCCUUUCGCAUUGCAUUUAGGAAGGCGUACGACAGAUUACAGAAACGUGGCCACAAGGCCUCCACAUCACGCCAUGUGGACGGUUAGUGAUCUCUUCGUAACGUGAACUAGGGCAAUUUGUACUUCUGCAGCACACGUUAGCUGGUAUAAACCCCUUAGCUUACCACAACAAUGAUUAUCAUUUUAUCUCAUUUUAGACGAUACGGACGGGCCUAUGAACUGUCCACCACCAUCGUCAUCCCAGCCGUAA